CCAAUUCCCAAACUCUCAAGUCUUCGGAAAGAAGACUCAAUAGAAACUUUAAAGUCUUUCCUUUUUUUAACUUUCUCUUUUCCGUACAUAGCCAUGUCUCUACAAUGGAACAAACAGAAACCUGGUCGACUCUCAAGAUUCAUGUCUGAACUCCAACAAUCACCGAAACACGGCGGGAUCAUGGUCGUUGAAACUGGCUUCCCAACUUCUCUCAUCCAUCUCUUCUUCAAAAACCGCGAUCGCCUAAGAAAAUCAUCUUCUAGAACCAAACGCAUCCUGCACCAGAUUCAAACCGCUCCAAACGCUUCUUCUCCAGUUACUACAGACGCGGUUUUAGAAAAGCCCGUUCUAAGUAAGACCGAGAAAGUAAAUUUCGAUGGACUAACGGCGGAGAAUAAUAUCCACACAAGUGAAAAAAACGGUUGCGUUUGCGGUGCGUUUGUUUUGAUGGCGUUUAAGGUUCUAAUAGUAGCCGUGCUCGCCUUGAGCACGAAGAAGAAGUUUAUUAUGGGAAUCACACUCUCCGCUUUCGCACUUCUUUUGACAGAGCUCGUGACGGCGCGUGUGCUCACGCGUUUCAAGCUCGACACGCAGAAACAAAAGACAGUAGUCUCGGUCCAAAACAAAAACGUGAAUUCCUCCGAAACAGAGAACUCGAAUUUGAAAGUUUUAAGGAUUCGUGAUCUGUUGCUAAAGGACGAGAAGUCGACAAACAAAAGUUCGAAGCUGAAAACGAAGAUUUUUAAAAAGCUAAGGAGUUACAAGAAGAAGAAUAAAACGAUGAAGAUUGAAGAAGAGACUUUGAGUGAUGUGUCAAGCUUGGUCUCAGAGGAUAAUUCAGAGAUAAUCGAGUCCGAGAGAGACGAAGUGAAGUCGAGUCCACCAUUGAUAGAAGAAUCAAAAGGAGAUAACGUGAACGGGAUUGUUGUGAUCGUGAUCGUGCUUACUGGUCUGUUAAGUGGAAAGGUCGUAGCUAUUGGUUUGACACUGUCAUGUCUGUAUCUCAGAUUCGGAGCAACAAAAAAGUCUGGUCUUUGCAUAUAAAAUUAUUUUACAAAACUUAGGAGAAUAGGUUUGGUAAUCAUUGAUCAGUGGUGGUUUCUGUAAAUUUUUCUUAUGUUACGUUUUAAUAGUUGGAAAUAAUAUUGUUAACGUAUUUAAUAAUUUUUUGGUUAAUCCUAAACGUGCAUUUACG